GGCGCCGCGAUGGGCCAAGGGGACGAAAGCGAGCGCAUCGUGAUCAACGUGGGCGGCACGCGCCACCAGACGUACCGCUCGACGCUGCGCACGCUGCCCGGCACGCGGCUCGCCUGGCUGGCAGAGCCCGACGCCCACAGCCACUUCGACUAUGACCCGCGCGCCGACGAGUUCUUUUUCGACCGCCACCCGGGCGUCUUCGCGCACAUCCUGAACUACUACCGCACUGGCAAACUGCACUGCCCUGCCGACGUGUGCGGGCCACUCUACGAGGAGGAGCUGGCCUUCUGGGGCAUCGACGAGACCGACGUGGAGCCCUGCUGCUGGAUGACAUACCGCCAGCACCGCGACGCCGAGGAGGCGCUGGACAGCUUCGGCGGCGCGCCCCUGGACAACAGCGCCGACGACGCGGACGCCGACGGCCCCGGCGACUCAGGCGACGGCGAGGACGAGUUGGAGAUGACCAAGCGCCUGGCACUCAGCGACUCCCCGGACGGCCGGCCCGGCGGCUUCUGGCGCCGCUGGCAGCCGCGCAUCUGGGCGCUCUUCGAGGACCCCUACUCAUCCCGCUACGCGCGGUAUGUGGCCUUUGCCUCCCUCUUCUUCAUCCUGGUCUCCAUCACCACCUUCUGCCUGGAGACCCAUGAGCGCUUCAACCCCAUCGUGAACAAGACAGAGAUCGAGAACGUUCGGAAUGGCACGCAAGUGCGCUACUACCGGGAAGCGGAGACGGAGGCCUUCCUCACCUACAUCGAGGGCGUCUGUGUGGUCUGGUUCACCUUCGAGUUCCUCAUGCGUGUGGUCUUCUGCCCCAACAAGGUGGAGUUCAUCAAGAACUCGCUCAACAUCAUUGACUUUGUGGCCAUCCUGCCCUUCUACCUGGAGGUGGGCCUGAGCGGCCUGUCCUCUAAAGCGGCCAAGGACGUGCUGGGCUUCCUGCGUGUCGUCCGCUUCGUGCGUAUCCUGCGCAUCUUCAAGCUGACCCGCCACUUCGUGGGCCUGCGCGUCCUGGGCCACACUCUCCGCGCCAGCACCAAUGAGUUCUUACUGCUCAUCAUCUUCCUGGCUCUGGGCGUCCUGAUUUUCGCCACCAUGAUCUACUAUGCCGAGAGGAUAGGGGCGCAGCCCAAUGACCCCAGUGCCAGUGAGCACACCCACUUUAAGAACAUCCCCAUUGGCUUCUGGUGGGCUGUGGUCACCAUGACGACGCUGGGCUACGGAGACAUGUACCCGCAGACGUGGUCCGGCAUGUUGGUGGGAGCGCUGUGUGCGCUGGCGGGUGUGCUGACCAUCGCCAUGCCCGUGCCCGUCAUUGUGAACAAUUUCGGGAUGUAUUACUCCUUAGCCAUGGCUAAGCAGAAACUACCAAAGAAAAAAAAGAAGCAUAUUCCGCGGCCACCGCAGCUGGGAUCUCCCAAUUAUUGUAAAUCUGUCGUAAACUCUCCACACCACAGUACUCAGAGUGACACAUGCCCGCUGGCCCAGGAAGAAAUUUUAGAAAUUAACAGAGCAGAUUCCAAACUGAAUGGGGAGGUGGCGAAGGCCGCGCUGGCGAACGAAGACUGCCCCCACAUAGACCAGGCCCUCACUCCCGAUGAGGGCCUGCCCUUUACGCGCUCGGGCACCCGCGAGAGAUACGGACCCUGCUUCCUCUUAUCAACCGGGGAGUACGCGUGCCCACCUGGUGGAGGAGUGAGAAAGGAUCUUUGCAAAGAAAGCCCUGUCAUUGCUAAGUAUAUGCCGACAGAGGCUGUGAGAGUGACUUGACCAGGCGGCUUGGCCCAGGACACUGGUGGCUAUUAAGCAUCUGGGUGGACCUGCAGCCCCUCCUCACCCUCGGACAGAGUAAAUUCACGCCAUGCAGGUUUGCCGGACGAGUCCGAGUGGCCCAGGCCUUGUACUAGGACAGACGUAGCUUUUCUACGGCCAAAUGGUAACUGACUGUAGAGGAUUUGUUUUCCUUCUUUUCAUUUUUAAAAAAUUUUAUUUUAUUCGGGGAAGGGGUGGGAUGGAAGGGUUCCUUAGCAUGACUUGCAUGAAGUUCAACAGAAAAAUCCAGCAAUCCAAACCCACCAAUCCCCUGCAACUGUAUGAUUACCCUAAACCACGACAACAAUGAAGAGAAACAAGCAGGAGUCCUCUAUUUUCUUUCAAAGCGCUUUCCUUUUAUACAUGUUGUUGGAGCCAAACUGUAAAUGGCAUUUGGUAGAAUCCUGUACAUUUUGGGGGGGAAUGGAGCGGGGGGGCGGGGAGGGGUGGGGAUGGGGAACGGAUUGCUUCCCUUUUUGUACACGAGAUCGAGAUGGAGAGUAAAGGUUCCCAAAAGGGCAGUCAGUCGGUCAGUCAUCGGUCAUAUUGACCUCACCUUCAUAGUUCAUCUCUCACGCGGAAACUGAGAACUUUGCUCCAAACAGAAUUGUGGAAACACACUGCUGCCUUCUUCCCUCUGUUUGGCAUGCUUGCGACCCAGCGGACGUCUCCCCAAGACCCCUGACAGCGGCUAGUCUAGGUUGAUUCGAUCAUCUUAGCGGUGUGUAGAUUCAGUGCAACCAACUUUCAUAACAAAUUGUUCAUAGUAGAUAAUCAACACCUUAUGGAUUUUCCAAGUGUUCCUUCAGAGCACCAAAAAGAUCAGGACCGCGGGAGGGCUGGUCCUCCUCCACCUUUAUUAAGGCACAACCCGGCAUUGUAUGCAAUUUAGUACUUCAGAGUAAAAAAACUGCAUGCCCAAUGUUAUGCAAAGCGAUUCUAGCAUGAAAUAAAUUUUGUAUCAUGGUUUCUGUAUAGUCUAAAGCAGAUUUGUUUUCCUGAAGCAAUCGGAGGUUUGCAGAGACACACUGCUGCACCUCGAAUAAAUAUAGUAUUUCCCCAACAGAAACAGAGGACAGUAGCGUGGCUUUGGUCUGAUUCUAAAAUUAGUGGUGGGGUAAGGGGUGGGGAAGGAUAUUUUUGAAAAACAUGCUUGAGUUGAAAAAAAAAAUGCAACAUCUCAAGCUCUCACUGCAGCUCGCAACAUUUCCUGGAAAGAGAGCAAUGCUGCUUUAGUUCAACACCCUCCCCUCCCUGGGCCCUGGCCCUCAAUAAUAAACAGCUGACAUUGGAGAU